CCUUAUUUCUUUAUCGUCUUUGUUAUCGUACACAUACAUUGGUAGAACCGAGCUCAGCAUUAUGGUGCUUUUGUUUUAUUGGUAGCUACAUGGCAAGUGGCUACAGUUUUGGUUUUAACGUAUUUGUACUGUUUGUACGAGUAAGAACAUAUUUAUGAAGUGUCAGGUUAGAACAAAAUGAAAUUACUUUUACUAGUGUUAGUGCUUGAAUUUUUGAGCUCAGCAUGGACUUAUCAAUACAAGACAAAAUACAUCACUUUACCGGUCGAUCACUUUAGUUUCACCAAUAACCAUUCAUUCAAGCUGAAAUACCUUGUCAACGAUACUUUCUGGAACCAUGAUGGAGGUCCUAUAUUCUUUUAUACAGGAAAUGAGGGGCCUAUUGAAACGUUUGCUGAAAACACAGGAUUCAUGUGGGAAAUCGCUCCGGAGUUCUCUGCUCUGCUGGUGUUCGCUGAGCAUCGCUACUAUGGGGCCUCCUUGCCGUAUGGCAACAAGUCUCUGUCGGACCUGCAGUACCUGGGCUACCUCAGCUCCCAACAGGCCCUGGCCGACUAUGUGGACCUCAUAUCGCACCUCAAGAUGGGGCUGUCUGGGGCGGCUCACAGCGCCGUCAUAGCGUUUGGCGGAUCCUAUGGAGGGAUGCUCUCUGCUUGGUUCAGGAUGAAGUAUCCGUACGUGGUAGACGGGUCCAUCGCAUCGUCGGCUCCCAUCUGGCAGUUCUCGGGCCUGACGCCCUGCAACGUGUUCGCCCGCAUCGUGACCUCCGACUUCACCAUGGAGUCGGAGGAGUGCAGCAAGUCCGUCCGCAAGUCCUGGGGCGAGAUCGACAGCAUCGCCAAGUCAGCGGCAGGCAAGCAGUGGCUCUCCGAGACCUUGAAGCUGUGCCAGCCACUCCAGACGAGUGUCGACGUGCAGUCCCUGAAGGACUGGCUGAGGGAAGUGUAUACUGACCUGGCGAUGGUGGACUAUCCCUAUGCUGCCAACUUCUUGAAACCGCUACCCGGACACCCCAUCUCGGUUGUGUGCCGAUCUCUGGCAAACUCUUCUGCAUCCGGAAAGAUGCUGCUCAAGAUGCUGUCCAAGGGUCUCAAUGUCUACUUCAACUACACUGGCAAGGAAAAGUGUGUGAAUCUCAGCAACGUGAAUGGCGCUGUGGGCUCAGAUGCCUGGGACUUUCAGUCGUGCACGGAGAUGGUGAUGCCGAUGUGCAACGACGGGGUCGAGGACAUGUUCGAGCCGGCGAAGUGGGACCUGAGCACGUUCUCGGACGAGUGCUACAAGAAGUGGAAGGUGCGGCCACAGCCGGACCUGGCCAUCAAGGAGUACGGCGGGAAGCGCAUCUCGACUGCCAGCAACAUCGUGUUCAGCAACGGGCUGCUGGACCCGUGGGCGGGCGGCGGGGUGCUGCUCAACGUGUCGGAGACGGCGGUGGCCGUGCUGAUCCCGGAGGGGGCCCACCACCUGGACCUGCGCGCCAGCGACCGGGCCGACCCGCCCGCCGUCAGACUGGCCCGGGACUUCCACCGCCGCUCCAUCCGGCGCUGGUGCAGUGAGCGUCUCUUCCUGUCCUCGCUGGCGCCCCCUCACGCGCGCGGAUAGCCUGCUCUCUCGGCUCGAGGAAACAGGACUGUGAUACCUAGGUCUAGCUGUUCCUCCAAUUUUAUAAAAUCUGGCGAAAGAAUCUCAUUCCAAUUUAUUACUGCUACUCUGUUUACACUUACAGUAUCUUGCUUUCAUUUUCUGCAGUGUUACUUAUUCCGUGUCAUUUUAUUUCUGUGUUUUUUUUUCCCACUACAAUCAUCUAGGUGCAGAUUAAGCGAAUCCAUCUGGAACGAUCAUAAACUGGAUAAUACGUAAGCUCCAUCAAGUCAGCAGUAUUCUUCAAAAUGUUUUCUGGAACACCGACAAAGAAAUGUGUCAAAGAACAAACAGGGAAUGUAUCCGGUCUGCGACACAAAUUCUAAACUAGUUCAAUAUACACAUUUCUGAGCAAUAAUUAGCUAUUUUAGCUUAGUAGAAACAUGUAUCAGUUGUAGGUGUAAUUGCUAGUAAUAACUAGUUAUUAAAUGUAUUGACCUUAUUUUGUAUUGCAAUUAUUAUAUUGUUAUAUCUAUGUGACUGUGUAAUUGAAUAAAUUUCCUUCAGAUUGAAAA